UGUAGAUAAGGCGCGGUCACUGAGUGGUGCCUUGUCGUUUUCAUCGAACUUCAGCUGGAUUUGUUGUGAUUAGAUAGAUUAAUAUGGACAGAACGGCCCUUUUCAAAGCAACUGUAAAAACUAUACGGACCAAAAAUAAGGCCCUGGGUGUUAAAGAGGCGACCAGGGACAUUCUAGGCUCGAAAAGACAAAAGAGUGAAUUUGGGACACGGGCAAAAGAUGUGCUGGUCAACAUCACAAAGCUGAGAGAAUUUCUCCUGAAACACCAGAAAGACUAUAUCAGUCCAUUCAGUCAUUUGAGUUUAGAAGUCUCCAGUAUGACCGAUGAAGAGAGGGAUCAGAUAGACACUGAUGCAGAAACAUACAUGAGGACUUGUUCAGUUGCUAUACAAACCCUUAAAAAUGAAGCCUUACAACAGAAGAGAAGUGAUCAAGUGACAACACACAGGGAUACUGUGCUGGAAAUGCUGGGGCAAUACUUAAAAGUGGUUUGCAAGUUGUACAGCGAACAGAGAGCAAUCAGAGUCAAGAGAGUGGUUGACAAAAAACGAAUCUCUAGGCUACAGCCUGAUCAAAAGAGAAUGAAAAGAGAAGCAAAUGCCACUGAAGAGCUUGUGUCAAAUUCGUCUGGUUCAAAUGUUGUUGAAGCUACAUCUAAAGAAUCCAAAAGUCAGCCUCAACCACUUGAUUUGGGUCCCCCUCCUGGUGAAGAUGAAGAAUUAACACCAGAGGAAGUGCAGAUGUUUGAAAUGGAAAACAAAAGACUAUUUACUGAAAUGAACAGUCUAGUGGAUGAAGUAAGGCAGAUUGAAGGAAGAGUGGUGGAGAUUUCUCAGCUACAAGAAAUAUUUUCCGAAAAGGUUCUACAUCAGUCCACUCAGAUAGAUAGAAUAUAUGAAACAGCUGUGGGAACAACAGAAAAUGUCAAAGGAGGAAAUGAACAGAUUAGAGAGGCUAUCAAAAAUAACGCCAGCUUUAGAGUUUGGAUACUGUUCUUUUUGGUGAUGUGUUCGCUGUCUCUGCUAUUUCUCGACUGGUACAACUGAAUGUUAUCAGUUUGAAGUUAAUCAGCAAUCUUGGACAGAAUAAAAUGGAACAAUUAUCCCCCAUCCCCCCCAAAGCAAUGAUGAAGGCGCG